UCUCCUCCAUCCCAAGCCCAGCCAGAAAGCAAAGCUCGCAGUCCCCCCCCCACCCCCACCUAACUGGCCCAAAAGCACAGCGACAAUGUCGAGUUCCAACAACCUCGUGGCCAUGAAAAAGGUCGUACAGCAGCUACGCUUUGAGGCGAGCAUAAACAGAGUGAAGGUGUCCCAAGCGGCUGCGGACCUUCAGCAGUUCUGCAUGCAGAACGCCUUGCAAGACCCCCUGCUCACUGGCGUGUCGUCCAGCACCAACCCGUUCAGGCCGCAGAAGGUCUGCUCCUUCUUGUGAACCCACCGCCCUCAUUUGGCAAGCCUUCAUUUUGAUGCUACAGGGAAACGUCGACCUCAACACUGCUCCUCAUGCCAAGCCAUUAAAACUGCCACGGGGAAGGAGGCUCUCUUGAGUAUUACGCAUUGGAACCAUGUCAGAGAAGACCACCAUCUAUUUUCAGCCACAGUAGAAGAUGAAGAUGAAAGGAAGCUGUUUUAUUUUUAAUGGCACAGUGUGGAUUUUUAAUUAUUGUGCCUUUUCUAAUCUAUUUUAGUCAUCGCUCUUCUGGACUUUUUUUGUAUUUAAUGAAUAAAAACAUUCUUUGUUAA